AAGCUAUCCAUGAGGCUACCUUUCAUUUUUUACAUACACUGUCAUCCUAAUAUUUUUACUGCGCAUCAACCUGAAGUGGGCGGCGCUCGAACUAACCACAGAACAUUAUAAAAGGAAAGAACAGCUAGCGUUUUAUAGCACUGUAUCAGAAAAAGACAAGGGAGCACAGCUGCUGUUAAACAAAGAAAGACAGAAAUAAAGGCAACACAAAGAACUGGAACAACCAGUCCAGAGAAGAAAUAUAAAAAGCUCUUAACAUGUCUGACAACACAGGUGACCUGAACACUCUGAGGCUGGUGCUGGUUGGAAAGACUGGCGUUGGAAAGAGUGCAGCAGGAAAUGCACUCCUGGCCAAGAGGGAGUUUAAAUCUUCAUUCAGCGACUCCUCAGUAACAAAGGACUGUGCGAGGGGAGAAGGAGAAGUUGCAGAGAGACGUGUUGUUGUGGUCGACACUCCAGGCUUGUUUGACACAAAGCUCUCCAAUGUGGAAAUUGUAAGUGAGAUUGUGAAAUGCAUUCAGAAGUCCUCGCCGGGACCCCACGCUUUCCUCCUGGUGCUGAAGCUGGGUCGAUACACUGAGGAAGAGCAAAAAACUGUGCAGAUAAUCCAGGAGGUUUUCGGUAAAAGCGCUUCGAAAUACAUGAUGGUGCUUUUCACACACAGGGAUUGUCUGGAUGACGAUGGCCAGACAAUUGAGGAGUUUCUUAAAAAUGCUGACAAGAACCUCAAGCAGCUGGUAGAGUCGUGUGGGAACAGGUUUCAUGCGAUCAAUGGAAAAGACCUUAAGGAUCAGGAGCAGGCCAAAGUACUUCUGGAGAAAGUAGAGAACAUGGUGAAAAUAAACGGUGGAUGCUUCUCCAAUGAUUUGUACGAGAUGGGGGAGAAAAGAAAGGCAGAUGAAGCGAGGCACCAGAAGGAAAUUGAAGAGCUUAGGAAGAAGAAUGAAGAGGACGCAGAAAAGUUAAAACAGGCGAAUGUAGCAAAUGAGAUAAUAGCAAAGAUGCAGGAGGCGCAUAUGAAGCAAAUGACCAUGAUGGUGGAACAAAUGAAGAAAACAAAUGAAGAUAAUAUGAAAUGUAUGGCAGAACAUCUAAAACAACCACAGAAAGUGGAAUCCUGCUGUGUAUCAUAGUGUAGUGGAUUUCUCUCGAUUUUACAUUCUUGCGCCAGGUUUCCAUGUGUGACAGGAGUGUAAAUGUGUCCUCCAAACGAAAUGCAUGGUUUAAUUAUACAUUUAUAUUGUGAUUUAGGGGUGGGCUUUGACAAGUACACAACCACCAUUAGCUUUAUUAUGGUGGGAAGCUGUUUGAAGUGAUAAUAUGUGUACUUUAAUAUAAUAAAAUGCUGAACAAAUAACUGGAUUGUGUUUCAUAUUGUCACCCUCACACUGCUUUUAAUGUAAUCACAAGUAUAGAAGCCUUCCUUGAGACUAACAGCUGGUUUGCAUGUGUGUGUUGACACCAUGGUUAAUAUCGCCCUGCGGUGACUAUACACAGUAGGAUAACACACUUUACUGGAGCGCUGGAAAUGGUGCAGUUCCAACUAAAUUAAUCCCAUGACCACACUGACUACCAUUAAACUAUUAAAACUUUUUUCAGUUUUUUAAAGAAAGACCAAAAUUUAAAGCGAGUUAAUUUUGUCCUCAAUAUAAAAAAGGUACAGGAUUUCUGUUAAAUGGUGCGAGUCCAACCAGUUAAACUAAGGAGGAACUUUAAGAUACCUUUAAAGAGCACACACAUUCCAACACAAGCGCCAUCCCAAUGCUGGUCAUAGAAUCAGUAUUUUUUUAAGGUAAUGAGACUGGAUUUUGUUAAACUGUAAUUACGUUGUUAAUAAUAAACAAAACACACAUGAUAAGGUGAAUUAGAAAGUUAAUUGAAAUCUAUGUGUAACAUAAAGAAUAUACAUUUAAACUUUAAUGUUGAGGUAUGUUUCCCGCUAAGGACUCUCAGACUUUAUCGUUUCAUAUAAACAAUAGGAAUAUAUAUGUUUAAGCAGGAAUAAUAAUAGUAGUAGAUAAUAUUCAUUAAAAAUGAGAAGCAGGUAAUGUUAUUUUUUAUUCUGCUACACUUUAACAUCAUUUCAGACACAUCAGAAUAUUAUAAAUGUAAUAUCAUGCAUUUUCAUUAAAAUUCAGGUGGCAAUUUUUCUAUUUGUGUUUAUUAAAUAAAGUGUGUUUUAUUUGUUGAUUAAAAA